AUGCAGGGGCGAGUAGGGGACGGACCUGCAGGAGCCGGUGCUUGUUUCGUCGGGGGAUUUCUUUCCGUAGCGGCGCCGACAUCCCGUCACUCGUUCCGUUACACUGGCGCUCGACCCCCUCCUUCUGGGCAGACGCAGCCGGAGAGUGGCAGUGAGGAGGAGGAUGACGAGGAGGAGGGUGAGGGCGAGGAGGAUGAGGACGAUGAGGGGAGCGGGGAUGACAGUGAAGCCGGGUGGGACCCCGAGACACAUGGCGGUGGGGAAGGGGGGGGUGAUGAUGAAGACCACGAGAUGGAUGGGUUGGAGCCAAAGGAGGUGGAAGAGGAGGUGGGAGAGGGUGGUGGAGGGGCGGCGACAGAGGCGGCCUCACAGCAUGUGGCUGAAGGAGGAGGGGGCGUGGGGGUUAAGGUGGGGAGAAAGCGGGCGUCCAUUGCAGGGCCGAAGCGGAGGAAGAGGGCGAACAAGUUGAGGCCGCGAGCGUAUCCCUGCACAUUCACUGGGGAGCCCUUGGCAGAGGGUGUGAUCGCUCCGGAGUUUCUUGACGAGGACGGAGGGUCCGAGAGUAGUAGGGGGACUGGCGGGAUCGAGCGGUUCAUGACAACCAAGCUGUCCAUGGUGGAGCUACGGCAGGCGAUCGCCAAGCUGGAGGUCACCUGCGACCUCCCCUUUCGCAUCGUCGAGGCCGAGGCGGUGAGUGUCACAUGCAUGCUGUAUGAGGGGAUUGGGCAGUAUGUGGUGGACUCAGCCGCUCUCCAGUCCGCCAUUGCGGAGAUGCUGGCGAAGGAGGGGGAGUUGGGGUGCAAGGUGUCGUUCACCAUCGACAUGUGGAUGGCACCCAACGGCAAGGCAUGGCAAGUGGUGACGGAUCACUGGAUAGACGAGAACUUCAAGCUGCGCACAGCGGUACUUGAGUUCCGCGAGAUGCUCGAGCGUCAUGGGGGCAAGGAGAUGGCACAGGUGGUAGAGGAGACGGUUGUGCAGUGGGGGUUGGAGGGGCGUUGUCUUGGUCUCACGACAGACAACGCCUCUAGCAACAUUGCCGCCUUCAGGCGGAUGUCGGAGGAGGGUGGUGGUCAGUGCUUCUUCAACUCGCGCAUGCACUUUCGGUGCUUGGCACACGUGAUUAACCUUGCAGUGCAGGCAGCGCUGUCUGUGGAGGCCAUACGGAAGUUGUUGAAGAUACUGAGAGAGAUGGCGUCGUGGAUUGGAUUCUCGCCGCAGCGCUCGGGGUCGUUCUUGGGCCUCCAGCGGACCUUGAACACGCAGGCCAACCCCGCCAAGCCGAAGCCGGUAUUUAAGCUGGUGCAGGACAGUCCUACGCAUUGGGGGUCGACCCACGAUAUGGUUGAGCGAGUGGGUGUUCUGCAGAACCCCAUCACAGUCUUCUUUGCCCAGACACAGGUAGCUGAGGGGACGGCGUACCCGACAGUGGCGAUGAUGGUGCCGUACUACAACGGCCUAAUCGACGCCAUGGAGACGCGCCUUGCCAAGGGGCCAUUUGCUACGCUGCAGCCGAUGAUCGUGGCGGCGCUGGGCCGCUUGAAGAAGUACGCCUACAUCGCCAGCAACGAGUACUGGAUCGCCACCUUCUUGGACCCAUCCAUGAAGGCGGCGUGGUUCAACGACGCGCACUGGGAGAAGCUGCAUCCCGAGACCGACAGGAGGGUGAGGCCGCGUCCCGCGUCUGGCGAGGUGAUCAAGCUGGUACGCGACCGCGUGGCCGAGUACCAGGCCCGGGCUGCAAAGCUUGCUCCCCGGCCGACCCCACUUGCCCCCGUUGCGGAGGAGGAGGGAGACGAGGUGGAUGACGACGAUGAGGCGCAUGGCCCGGGAUUAUCUCGCCAUCCCUGCCACGUCCGCUUCGAGCGAGCGUGUGUUCUCUCUUGGUCGCAACCUCAUCUCCUGGAAGCGGCACCGCCUGGGCACUCAGAGGACGCGAGCUGUCAUGAUUCUCAUAUCAUCGUAUAG